ACAUUACAGAGAAAAAAAAAAAGAAAAAAAGAAAAUUGGAUUUAUACAUCCCUCAAAAUGCUUAGAAAUCUGACCUAUGCAUUCAAAUCUUCCUCAUAUGUCUACCCACUUGUCCGUCUGCCUCUCAACGGGAUGAGAUAUUCGACCAAAGGGCCCAAACAGAAAGGACCCACAGAGGAAAAGCUCACUCAGAAAGGACCCACAAAGGAAAGGCCCAAUCACGAAGGACUCCCUGUGGAAUAUAUCAAGUGCAGUUUAAAAUAUAUUAUUAAUGAUUUAGAAAAAAUGCAAUCAAUGGUGCAAAAAAAGAAUUUUCUAAAUUUGGGAGGUACCAUAAAAGAUAUAAUGGAUAAGACAACCAGACUGCGCGGGAAGCUCGAAAAAGCAAGUAAGGUGAUUGUGGAGAAGGAUAAGUAACCAAGAGAUAUCUG